AUGUCUCAAUUAUCUGAUUUGUCUAAGAUGAAAAAGUUCAAACAUAGUCUUACAACAACUCAUUCUUCAUUUAAAGGACUUCAUACCAAAUGUCAAAUCCCUCAAGCAAAUAUCAAUAACUUUGUUUCUAACCUUCGACGUGUGACACCUGAUCCCACCGACUCAGAUUCAAACAAUACCUCAACAGAUAACAAUACUACUGGAGCGAAUAAUUCAACUGACGAUGUUCCUACUACGCCCACCGCCAAACAUCUAGCCAAGAAUCUUACUUCAGUUACCAAUACCACAAAGGCUGCAAAAGCUCCUCAUAAUAUUAGUGCAGUGACUUUGACAUUGCCCAGUAAGUCUUGUCAAACUGCAAGCACGAAUGCUAAACGUCCCACAACCUCUCCAAUCUCAUCUAUCACAACUCCUGAAGCACAAGCUCCAGCUUUGAAUGUUGAUCCAGAUGCUGGUCAAGAAGCAUCUCGUACAAUGUCACCCACAACUCUUUAUGCAAUCAGUGGUGGAGCUACAAUCUGUGUUGCAGUUUUAUUUUUUGGGAUUUGGAAAUGUUGUAAUAGAAAAAGAACCUGUGAAGGAAAACAUAAAUUGAUUUGGGGAGUAGAUGAAUAUCGAACUUCAUUUUAUGAUUCCAAAUCCGAAAAACCUAAACUGAAUGAUACCAAAUUAUUAAAUAAGAUUAAUGGAAAUCAAAUUGGAGAUGAAUUGAUUCAAGAAAAAUCUUCUUUAUCUAAAUCAAUUGGUCGUACUAAUCAAAAUCGAAAUUCGAAAAAUCGUGAAUCUAAAUUAUGGGGUAGUGCUGAAGAUUUAGGUGAUACAACUUAUCAUAUUCCAUUACCUUAUAAUACAUCCAUCAAUAAACAAAGAAAUGAAACCAAAUCACUUUAUGAAGAUUUAGAUUUCGGUCCAGCCGUGAUGUUAAGCCAAUCUGAACUAUCUUCAAUCCCUUCAAUCCCUGAAAACGUUCAUCAUUCAAAAGAUUCUCAAUUGGGUCUUGAUUCUGAUUACAAUAAUAGUAGUGUCAAUGGUUUAGUUUAUAAUGGUUGGGAAAGAGCUCAUCAAGUCUCAUCUGAUGAAAUUUCUAAUGAAGUCUUACCAAACCAUCUAUCGAUUAAGAAAACCGAAUUAAUCAAAUCUAAAUCCACUUCUGAUCGUCGUCAUAAACCUAGACCAAUGAAACCUAACUUUCCUACUUCUUCUUCUAUGAAUUGGUUAAGUGAAAUCGGUGAUCGGGAAUCCGAUCAUCAAAAGGAGAUGGAAAGACUUGAUCCUAUGCCAGCAGACUCACAUGUACUUUGUGAUUUCUCAUCGGACUUCCCUAGCAUGCCUUCUGCAAUUCCUUACCAUCCCACCAUCCAGCUAGCUAUCCCUACGCCUGCUAUGCUUCCAGGAUCAAAUUCGAUUUCUAGGAGCCUUUUGCCUCAUCCUAAUGGUCUUCUUCCUGGUCAUUAUGCCUCAAACUCGAACCGACCAUUGAUGAGUCCAUUAGAAGCUUCUAAGGAAUUAGAAGAUAUGCUUCAUUGUCUUGAUAAAGCUUUAUCACCACAACCUUCUCCAGCUGAAAGUGCACGUCAUUUACAAGACCGAUUUUCAAAUUCAGGUUCAACGAUUUAUAACCCGGUGACACCAUUCUAUGUGAUUCAAUCUAUUCCAUCAUCAGAUACACCUAGAAUCAUAGGAGACGCAUCAGCCACCCUUACAAACCCUCCGACUUGUGGGGUAAGUUAUUAUUCCGAAAUGUGUGAUAUCUCGAAUUAUACUGGACAAAUUGGUCAACCUGAAGGAGUUCAACCAGGUCAAUUUGCUAGAUACUCUCAACUUUAUCCUAACCUUCAAGAUCUAAAUUCAAUUCAAAAUCAAGAAAGCCAAACUGAAAUCUUAAAUGUUUUACCUAUCAUUAAUCCUAUAUCUAAAUUUGAUUUACCUGAGUUACAAUCUAUUCAAACUUCACCUGAAUCCAACCCAUUUCAAUCUCAACAUAUUAAUCAUCCUAUUGAAGAUGCUUAUUGUGGAAUCAGUACUUAUGAUCAACAACCACAACAACCAGUAGUAGUAGCAGCCAAAGAAGGUCUUUCUUCUCAUCACGAUGGGUUUAUUCCACUUGGUCAAAUGAAUUUCAAAAGACAAGAUCAACCCGAUUAUAGAAGUCCAACUUUUAGUGUCUAUGGGAUGUAUAACAAAUAA